AUGAAUAAAAAGUAAGAAUCAUUUACUAGAGUACUUAAAGAGAAGAUAAAACUUAUGGAUAUUUUUGGUUAAUCCAUAUAAUUAAGUUUUAGAUAAGAAGAGCAACAUACAACUUUUGUUGGGGGAGUAGCUUCAAUCUUCGUAUUGGCGACAAUUAUCAGUUUUUUCUAUUCAAACAUUAUUGGAUUUUUUACAAUGAAUUAAGUCAAAUCCUCAACAGAAAUGAUUUUUGAAGAUGAUCCUGGAAUUAUUUAAUUGAAUUCUAAUUCCUUUAUGUUUGCUAUUUAAAUUGAACAUGACAAUUUUGUUGAUACACCCUACUUUAAUAUUACUGUAGAAUAGAGACAUUAUAAAAAUCAAAAUGGAACUCUUACAAAACUACCUAAUGAAUAUAUUGAUUUAGUAAUAUGCACUUAAGAUCAUUUUUAAUAAAUAUUUGAGUCUUCUAAUAUUGAUUAUGCAGAGUAAUUCAAAGAUUUAAAUAUGACUAACUUCCUUUGUCCCAAUAUUUAAAAAAAUAAUGUUUGGACAGUAGGUGGUGCAUAUACAAGUAAAAGUCUUAAUUAAAUUAGGUUCUGAUUAUUAUUUCUUAAAAUUUUCAGUUACUACUUGUGUAAAUGAUUCCUAUAGUAAUUUCUCAUGGAAACCAAAAUGCAAAACUUAGGAUGAAAUGUUUACUUAGUUAAAAGCUUAGGGUUCCUUUAGAUUUCAACUAUUCACUACAAAUUUUGUAUUUAAAUAUACUAAUUGAAAGAUUGUAAAUCCAGAUUCCCCAUAAGAGUAUAUUACCCCUUACUUGGCUAUUGAACAAUUUUACACAUUUGUACCAAAUCAAAUGUUUGUUUAAUCUGAUAUUUUUGUUAGGGAAAAAAGAAUUAAUACAGAUAAAGGAAUUUUAAUGUAUCCUAUGAAUGUUGAAGAAACUAUAGCCUAUCGAGAACAUAUGGAUAGUAGGUAAUAAUUUGAAAUCGGAGGACUCAAUAGUAAUUAUUUUGCUGCCUUCUAUUUAUAGAGAAGUCCUUUUAGUUAUAAUAUAUCUAGAAGUUUUGUAACUCUAGAUGAAUUGUUAAGUUAUUUGGGAGGAUUCUCAUAAUUUAUGACUGUGAUUUUAGGAAUGAUAAUCAAUGUAUACAAUAAAUAGAGUCUUUUGUUGUAGUUGGCAAAUGAUUUGUAUGAAUUUAAUUUCCAAGAACAAUAAGAAAAUACUAGAGCCUUUAUAUCAAAUUUGUUAUAGCAAUCAAGACAUGGAAGAGAAAUGAUUAAACAAAAAGGUCAUAUUAAAGAAUUAAAGAUCCAAUCAAUCAAUCCUUUUACAUCUAAACCUCCAAUGGAUUAAAAAGUUUCUCAAAUUAUAUCACCUUAAAGAACUCAGAAUUAGUUUAUUUAGAUUUCAUCAACACGGUAACUUUAGAGCAUUAAAGAGAAGACUUAUGAUUAAUAUGAAAAAUUCAAAUAAUUAAUGAUAAAUUAGAAAAAAUUGACUUUAGGUUUUAGGAUAUUAUUAGGCGAUCUUUUGCCAUUUGAGUGCUUCUAGGACCCUGAAAGUGUUCUUUUUAAAAAGGCUAUGUAUUUUUCAUCUUUCAAUAUUUUAGGAGUCAAGUCAGCAAAGAAUUAGAUAUACGUUUUAUCAUGAAUUAAUUACAUGAAAUCACAAAACUAAAAAAAGUUAUAUUCAACAGAGAAUAAUUCUAACUUUUUAAUUUUAGCCAUAAACCAACAAUAAGUUUAAUAAAAGAAAAGAAAAAUCGAUUAUCAUCAAAGUAAUAAAUAAUAUAAUAUAUUUAGAUUCUUUUAUUUGGGUGAAGAGGAAGCAAUUAAUAACGAAUUAUAAAAUUAAUAUAACACGUUAGUAUAAGCAUAUUCCAAAUUAACAUCUUGUGAUACAUAAUUCUCAGAUGACUAGACUUAAUUAAACUAAAGAAUUAUUGGGCUUUUGGGAAGGGAUUUGCCUUUAUGGAUAGAAAUGGAAUUGCAACAAGAAAAUUCAGAAUCCAUAAAGGAGCCUGAACCAGAUGAUUUAGAUGAAAUUUCCAAAACUUGA